AUGUACCCUAGUCGCCAGAAGCCUAAGAGUAUGUACAGCACUGUGCCCGAUAGUGCUGGUUACUCAAGGUCCUCAGAGCCCCAAUAUAUUGGAGGCCUGUACGAUAUCCCUACCGAUCUUCCAUCCAACUCUCACAUAUCCGCCCUUCAGCAGAUGAACAUGAACUCGAUGAACGCACAACUAAACCGUCGGUCCUUCCUAACCCCGGGGCAGUGUUCCACCGGGAGAAGGGAAUCGAUAGACACUGAUACAAUUGGCUCUCAAUACGCGUGGUCCACUGCGUCUAACGCAGACAUUCUCCUAAAUUCUCCUCAUAUACCCACCUCUGAGACCCCCAUCGGACGCACCACAACGCCGUUCUUUCAAGGUUACUAUCCCCGGGAAUCUCUACAACUCGCUAUGAAUGGCCCUGGCACGUCGGGCUAUACCCCCCAACAAAUUGACCAAUGGUGCCUUGAGAGCGAACCAGCCAUAGACUUUUACCAGUCGCAGCCCUUCCCAAACAUGGGCUCUAUGCGCUUUCCCCCAUCGGCGGAAGUGCAACCAGAGACCUACCCGACAUUCAACAACCAACUCGACACUGCAAACGAGCAGUGGCUUUCUUGCCCAUCCCAUUCCUCUGAUCCAAUCCCAGAAGCCUUCUUUUCAGUCCCCCAAUCAAUCUCAGUUCCCCGAUCUGUCCCAGCGCCAACAGCCCAUCUCUACCAAUCCACCGCUACGACCACCUCAGUCUCCUCAUCGCCACCACACUCACUCUCUGAUCCAGAUUCUCCACCAGCCGCACAAGGCUCGGCCUCGGGCUCAGGAUCUGGCUCCAACUCAGGCGACCUAAGCAACUACGGGAUCCCAACGGGCGACGGUACCUGGCGUUGCGCUUACCCAGGGUGUUCCUCACGGGCUCUCUUCAAUCGAGGAUGUGAUCUGAGGAAGCACUUCAACCGCCACCGCAAGUACCUCUUCUGUCGCUACGAGGGAUGUCCCCAGUCUGCGAAGAAUGGCUUUAGUAGCAAGAAGGACCGUGCUCGUCAUGAGGCGAAGCAUAAUCCUGGUGUUCUUUGUGAGUGGGAGGGCUGCGCAAAGGUCUUCAGUCGUGUCGACAAUAUGAAAGACCAUGUAAGGAGGAUUCACCGGAAGGGAGAGACUGGGCUUAGUAGUCGGUGA